AUGCCGGCCAGUGAGUUUCGCGCUCAUCGCCAAGAAGCUUCCCAACCAGGCCGGUAUGCUCAUUUGAGGGACGUGAAAUCUGGAGAUUUGGAUUACUCUAUUUCCUUCAUAUUGAAUUUACCCGGAGAUGAAAAGUCCGAAAUUGAAUUUCUACUUGUGGUUAGCGAUGCCCACGAUUACCCCGACAGCCAUAGCUUUCUCGCCAGUAUCUCCAGUCAUGAGACCACAGAUCAAGUCACCAGCCUCAUCCAAAAAUGCCAGGACCCACAUCGCUUCUCGCGCCUCAGCAUCCACGAUGCUUUGAUGACUAUCGAUAGCCUGUUGUCUCCCGCCUCUCAAUCCACAAGCCAUGGGGUUGAUGCGACUUCCGAGGAAGACACACCCGACUCCGAAGGGUUGAAUGAAUUUGAUGACAGCUUUAACUUUGAUGAUGGGUACGAAUGGGUAUCAUGUCCACAAUCCGCCUCACUUCUUCAUGAGAUUCGCAAUCAUGAUCUACGGACCGCCAGUGCAGAAGGGUUUCAAGUCGGAUAUAUUGAGGAUACAAUGGGCAAAUCGAUCAUUUCAGUGUCCUGUCAAAUCGCCCAGUUGGAUAUAUCCAACGAUGCGCUGCAGGUCUGGGGUAUUGACCGCUCGGAAACUCUUAUUCUUCUCAUCCGGUAUCCCAGAUCAUACCAAUCCCUGCAGGAAAUCCUCCAGACUCACGAGAUUUCCCUCUCUGGUAUUGAGAUGCGAGUGGGUCUUUGUGAGUAUAGUUUCACCUCUCCGCAUGUUGCCAAGGAUAUUUUCAAGUGUGAUAAGAUGCCGCGAAAUGAAAAGGAUCUCUCUUCCGACCUAGACAGGCAACCAGGGCUCAGAGAUUUAUUUAUUUCAUAUUCUCUGCAUCACGUCCUAAAUGAACGGUUUCUUGCCAUUGCCAAACUUCGAAGGGACUUCAACCUCUCAUGGACAGGUGCGGAGCUUUUCUGUCAUGAAAUGCAAGGCAAGACAAUCGAUGCUACUGGGCCGGAAGAAAAAUAUUGGGCUGCAGAUGAAUGGCUUACUCCUGUUCCUCAUCUCAUGGAGUCUGAUCAUUUUGCAGAUGCUGGAAUGAAAGUGGAAUUUAUGUCAUUGCCACUUCUUGCCAUGCAAUACACCCUCCGCCACUUUGUGAGGUGUCCAGAAUUUUGUCUGGUCUGCCAUUGCAAGACUGGUGAUGGUUUCGAAUCCCUGAAACCCUACGUCUGUUCGCGUGGACUAUGCCUUUUCCAAUACUUGGAGCUAGGGUUGGGAGCCAGCAUUGAGUGUGAGGUUCGGUCAAAGCCGAUGGUAGUUGACCUCCUAGUGUCUCUCGCAUAUGCGAGCGCAAUAUCCGGUCAUCUUGAAUCAUUCCCAGAUGGGCUGCGUCUGAAGGUCCCGCUUAAGAAUAGCUAUGGUUUUGAUCAGAAUGGGGAGAUUCAAAAUCCCGAUUUCACAAGCCGGGCUCUUUUAGAUCCAGUGACCAUGAUUCUUUCCGGCUCGGGCGUGGAAAAGAUUGACUCAGGUGAUUGGAUCAUGAUACGCGACGCAGAGCCUGUCAAGCCCACAGUCACCUGGCAUUGCCAGGUUAAGCGAAUACCUCGGAAGGCAGGCGAGGUUAUUCUAUCCGAUCCAGUGAAAAUUAUUAAUCAAAUCACCUCCCCACCCCCUAUAGCGACGCAGAGUUGGGUGCCUCCCUAUUCUCAUGUUAGAAAACAUCCUGUCAAAUUCACUUGUUACGAUCAAGCCUUUGAGGUAUUGUCGCCUCAAGACAAACGAGGUGCCAUCAAGCUCUUAUUGGAUACUUUGCCAAGCAUCAAUCAAAUAGCAAAUCUCCUCGGCGAAUCCAGCACUCGAGGUCUUCGCUCAUGCUUGGAGGGCAAAGUUAGCCCAGCAGCCUUCGACUUACUUCGUUGGAUCAUUGCCUCGAACCGAUCCUACAUUGUGCAUGAAACCGGAAAAUCGGCACAUCGCCACGAACAGAUGACUAAACAUCCGUACAAACUCACGCAAGAAACAUCCAGCCCUCGACGAUUUCCGCAUGGCACGGAAGCCCCCCUUUAUAACUGGCACGGUAUCCUGAGAGAGGGCCUUCAUUUUCGAAAAAUCGCACAUGGUCGUGCCAGUGGGAAUGGGGUUUACCUUUCGGAAAACUUUGCGACAUCGUUGGCUUUUUCUACAAGAGGUACGGGGGGUAGGAAUUGGCCACACAGCGUGCUGGACAUGCAGUACGUUAUCUCUCUCAACGAGAUCGUGAACUGCCCGGAUAAAUUUGUCUGUAAAAUGCCACACUAUGUUGUGCAAUUUAUAGACUGGAUUCAGCCGAGAUAUCUUCUUGUCGGUGGAAAAGUUUCCCCUUCACAACCAGUCACCCCGUUCGGUGUGUCUCCGCCAAAAGGACCGAAGACAAAACGGCCAGUGUCGAAGACAGGUAUCACUGACUUGACAGACGAUGACGAUGACGGACCCAAUCAAACCAAAGCCAAAAUACAAAGCCGUGAAGAGGCUCCUCAAAGUAUCCCCAGUAACCCUGGUGUUAUUUUGUCAUCGGAUUCCCUCCUUUCUGCAAUAAUGGAUGCCAAUCAUGCAGAUGAAGAGGGGGAAAUGACGGACAGGGUGUCAAAGAAGGCGCGAAAGUACUCCGCUGGGCAGCUGGAUGCUAUCUGGAACUCACUCGACUCAGAAGAUGGAGGCUUACUUCUUCCGUAG